AGCUACUAAACUCUCAUUUUCUUACUUCAUUGCAUUUAUAAUAAGGUCAAAAGUAUGACACUAUUGUUGAUAUAAAUAGUGUCUGUUUUGGAAUUAGAAAUUAUUAUAAGGUAGCACUGUGAAGACAAUUAGUGAACGGCUACUCAAUUCAUCCGCAUACAUAUUAGAAAUCUUUUAGAGAAUAAUGAUGUCUGAACACAAAGCAGUAGUGAAAAAUGCCGAUAUGUCCGAUGAUAUGCAACAAGAGGCUGUUGAUUGUGCUGCACAAGCUUUAGAGAAAUAUAGUGUGGAAAAAGAUAUAGCAGCAUUCAUUAAGAAAGAAUUUGACAAGAAAUACAAUCCUACAUGGCAUUGUAUUGUUGGGAGAAAUUUCGGAAGUUAUGUGACGCAUGAAACCAAACAUUUUAUCUACUUUUAUAUGGGCAAUGUAGCAAUUCUUCUAUUCAAAUCCGGUUAAGUUGGAGGAAACCGAAUAUGCAAGACAAAUAUCACCAGAAACUAAAACAAACAUUGUAACACACAUCUGAUCAUUCUGCACGCAACUCAACCCAAUCAUAUUCACAAACAUCAUUUUCUCUAGUACUCAUCGAUUCCCGAAUUCAUCUUUAUAAGAACAAACACAGAAUAAUGUACAGAUGAAUGAAGACCACAAAACAGAACAGAAUGUAUAUUAGUAUAACUGCGAUUGUGUUUCCACAUUGUCUUUUGUACUGGUUGAUCUAUUAUCAUAUUAUUGUCAGUGUGUGUGCUUUUGUGUGUGGUAAUUUUGUAUGUGGUAGUGUUUCAAAAUCGAAAUUGAAACAUCAUCAUUAUUAGUAAAGAAUUCAAAUAAACAGUUAUUCGUGCAGAA